AUGGAAGAUUAAAAUGCUAGAAAAAUAUAGAAGUAGAACUCCCUUAUUUUAUAAUAGAUCUUGGAGGUCAUUUACCAAUAGAAAAAUAUUCCAAUAUUACAAAGAUAUCAUUUUAUUUAAGUGCAAUUUCUGAAUAUUCAUUAACAUAAGAGGAAACCCUGCAAGAUUUUUAAAAGCUAUUAACCCAAAUGAAGCCUAAUUACUUGAUGCUGCAUGUAAAUCACACAUCAGAUUUCGACUUGGUGGAGAAGUAAAUAAUUUUAUGACUAUUCUAGCAAUUUCCUCCUAUUAUUUAUUAUAAAAUAUAUACUCAUGGAGGAAUUGUAGAUUUAAAUUCAUUUGCACCUAGAGAUUAUUCAUCUAUUCAAAGAAAUCCUGUUCCUCAUGAAAAAGUUGCAUAUUGAGAAUAUAAGAAAAAUUAAUAAAAAUAUGAUAAUCAAGGAUGGUAUCUAAGAUUGGAUAACAAUGGAUGGAGACCAGUUAAAUUAUAUUUUAAUAACCAUAGAUCUCCAACAAAUUAAUGAUCAAAGCAGAUUUUGUUGAAUUAUACACAUCCAACAAAAUUAGAUAUUAUCAUCAUAAAAAAGAUAAAAGAGAGGAAAAAGUCAAUAAGAAGACUAGACUCAAUAAAUUGAAAUGGGCUUAGAGUAUUUAAAAAUAAAAAGAGGGAACUCAAUAAUUAAAACAAGUUUAAUAAUAAUAAGAUUUUUUUACUUAAACUAAAUAAUAUUUAAAAAUGGAUGAUGUAUAAUGUUUUAUAUUCUUAGAAUGAGUUUGAUAAAGAAGUAUAAAACCUUAUAGAUUGGAGUGAAAACUUAAAUUAUGAUAAAUAUAUGGUAGAAUGGUUUUAAUUGUCGACUUCAAAUGCAAGUGAAAAUUAUGUUGGUUAAUAAAUACAUGUAUUUUAAAUUAUAUUUUAUAGUAAACAAAAAUUGAUUCAGUCUUAAAAGGAGCUUGA